CCAAACCAAUAAAAGGUGGUCUGGCUAGAAUUUGUUUUGGUAAAAGGCCCUUAUCUCACAGCCAAAAGAAAGAGCAGUCCUUUCAAAUAUCAAUUUUUUGUGAACAUGUACUUUUGUUUAACAUAAAACAUGACUUUGUGUGCAGCACAUUACGCUUUUCUAAUGCUACUUCUGUCCCAGGUAAUGGAAGGAUAAAUGGAGGGAUUGGUGGGGUUCACACAGCAUCUACAGCACAGAAAGUCUGGAAAGUUUCCCAAGCCAUUGGGGACGUAGCAUUUGCUUAUCCAUACUCUAUAAUUGUCAUAGAAAUACAAGAUACUUUGAAGUCUCCACCUCAAGAACACCAGACAAUGAAGAAAGCUUCCAUGGCGUCCAUCAUCAUCACCACCUUCUUCUAUCUCUGCUGUGGAUGCUUUGGCUAUGCCGCCUUUGGUGAUGAUACCCCAGGAAAUCUCUUAACUGGAUUUGGAUUCUAUGAACCAUACUGGCUCGUAGACUUAGCCAAUUCUUGCAUCAUACUUCACCUGAUUGGAGGCUAUCAGGUAUUCAGCCAGCCAAUCUUUGCAUUUUUUGAGCAACAGUUCUCGGAAAAACUUCCAUCGAGCUGGACAUUGACGAAUGGCUUCCACAGAAUUCAUCUUCCAUUCCUACCAUCCUUUAGAAUAAAUCUGUUCCGAAUCUUUUUUAGAACACUCUACGUUGCAUCAACUACAGGGCUUGCAUUGGGCUUCCCAUACUUCAAUCAGGUGCUGGCACUGCUUGGAGCCAUUAGCUUCU